UCGCCUGAGAACGCUCCCUCGCUCGUCCGAAUUCGGUGGCGCCACGUCCGCCGGUCCCCGCCUUCUGCACGGCGGCUUCGGUGGCUUCCGCCUCGACACCUUCCACUCGCGGAGCCGGCCGAGUCGUGAGGAAGCCGAGGCCGGGAGUUGGGCGAUUGUGCUCAUCCUGGCGACCUGAGAAGCGAAGAUGUCGGACAUCGGGGACUGGUUCAGGAGCAUCCCGGCCAUCACACGCUACUGGUUCGCCGCCACCGUCGCGGUGCCCUUAAUCGGCAAACUCGGCCUCAUCAGCCCGGCCUACCUCUUCCUCUGGCCCGAAGCUUUCCUCUAUCGCUUCCAGAUCUGGAGGCCAAUCACUGCCACCUUUUACUUCCCUGUGGGUCCGGGAACUGGAUUUCUUUAUUUGGUCAACUUAUAUUUCUUAUAUCAGUAUUCUACACGACUCGAAACAGGAGCUUUUGAUGGGAGGCCAGCUGACUAUUUAUUCAUGCUCCUCUUUAACUGGAUUUGCAUCGUGAUUACUGGUCUAGCAAUGGAUAUGCAGUUGCUGAUGAUUCCUCUGAUAAUGUCAGUACUUUAUGUCUGGGCCCAGCUGAACAGAGACAUGAUUGUGUCAUUUUGGUUUGGAACACGAUUUAAGGCCUGUUAUCUACCCUGGGUUAUCCUUGGAUUCAACUAUAUCAUCGGAGGCUCGGUAAUCAAUGAGCUAAUUGGAAAUCUUGUUGGACAUCUUUAUUUCUUCUUAAUGUUCAGAUACCCAAUGGACUUGGGAGGAAGGAAUUUUCUGUCCACACCUCAGUUUUUGUACCGAUGGCUGCCCAGCAGGAGAGGAGGGGUCUCAGGAUUUGGCGUGCCCCCUGCUAGCAUGAGGCGAGCUGCUGAUCAGAACGGCGGUGGCGGGAGACACAAUUGGGGCCAGGGCUUUCGGCUUGGAGACCAGUGAAGAGCGGCCUCGGCCUGCCCACCAGCCGCUCCGCUCAGAUGCGGCUUCCUCCCACUGCUGGGUGUGCUUCACAAACCAGUUCGAGCUAACGCUGUUGGACCUGACCCACAGUGAAUGUAGUCUUUCAGUACAAGACAAAAUUUUUUAAAUUCUGAAGAAAAAUAUAAGUGUUUCUCCAGUUCCGUGAUUCUCGUUCAAGCCCUUACUGCUAUGAAGAACAAAUAUCAACCAUGUGAAUUUCAAAACUGUUUUUUGGUGUCUUCUCUUCUUCCCUUCUGGUCUGAAUAAUGGGUUUGAGCAGGCCCUCAUCUGAGGCUCCGAGCUGGGCCUCUGGGGUUGAAUAACCAAACCCUUGCCCAAGGGACUCUUAACUCGUCUUUGUACACACACCUCCCUCCUGUGUUUCCCAGCCCCCAAAUUUGCAACUAGAAGAGGUUGCGCAUAAAAUGGCUCUGCCUUUGACCCGCUCUCUUAUUUAUUGACUUUUGCCAAGGCUUGGUCACAGAGAACUUGUUCACACCAUUUUUCCCCCCUUUGGUGGCAAAACUGCAACAAUAGGGGAGGAGACCGGAGCAGCGGAUGAAGAACUUCCUCAGCUUUUGGAAUUGCGACCUGACAUCAGAUGCGACUGUUUGCCAAAUCGUCAGAUAUUUUUAUAACGUACUACUGUGUCAGUCAGGGACACAGAUUUGAAUUGAAGAGGUAUGGGGUUUGUUGCUAGGCCUGUUUUUCAUAACUUAAGUAAUCAGAACUACUGUGGAGUUGCAUCUUAAGCAGGGUUGGUUUAAAGUCGUGGUGGCCGUGUACAGAUGUAGGGCACACCGGUUUGGUGCAUGCCCAGAGGUGUUGUGUUGUGUUGGGAGGCUCCAGAUCACACUUGCCACAGGGGAUGCUCUCUCCGAGAGGCACCUGGGCACUGAUUCUGUUUCCUUCUCAUUCUGGACAUGCGUUCAUGGAGUAGAGGGAGAACCUCCUGCCCUAUUUAAAUGGCCUUUUUUUUUUUUUUUUUUUGCCAAGCGCAUCAGUUAACUGUGAGGAGGGUGCAGCUCCUCUGUACCUAGGUGAUUAUAAAGCUAACAGAAGCAUAGUGGAGUGAACUACAAAUAACUUGGGGUUGCGAUGGCUUUGGAAUCAUUUGGAUUUGAGGUUUUUUUUGAGUCAUGAAUGUACAAGUUCCGUGUAUCAGACCAGCUUAAAACCCCACAGCUCCUUUUUCAUAAGUGGGCUUUUUCCAUCAGAGCUAGGCUCAUCACCAAAUAAAGUUUUUUGAAGGCGACAGUGUUUUCCAUGUUUUUGUUUUUGUUUUAAAUGCAUUCAUUCUGUAAGCAGACUGUUAGGGAGAGUGCUUAGCAGUUGCCAUACUUUGAGUCAGCUGAGAAGGCUUUGAACAAUUUUGAUAAGUUUCUUUUCAGGGAACAUGCUUUAACAGUGUGACCAUUCUUGUUCCCACUCUUAAAUAGUGGUAUGUGUUGUGCUAGGAAGCGGGGGUUUCAAGGGCUCCUUGUUUUUAAUAAAGUUUGUGGGUACCUCCGCUCCACGUUUAAUUUGUAUAAGAUGGUAGGCGGGGAGCCUCUGAGCGUUAACUCUCUUACGUUCUGUAGUUGUCUCGUGGCCACAAUACAAUUUCCUUGUAAAAUUUUAUAAGCCAUUCUUCCUCCGAUGUUGUACGUGCACCCGCUGUACAGGGUGGAAACCUGGGUCUGUGUAAGGGGGUUCUAACGGUAAGGGAGCCGGCGCCUCUCGUGCACCCUCUUAUCAGCCGAGAGCAGUAGCUUCGAAAGCUUUACAAGCAUUCUUCAGAGUUUUCGGUUUAAGGCGAAAUGUUGGUUAAAUUCUUCCUGGUCAGCACGCCUAGGAAGCUGAUGAUUUUAUUGAUCUUGUCUGGAUCGCCCUUUGUUUUUGGAGUCGUUUAGCUAAGCCAGCUCUUUGAGUUUUGACACGGCAGGACAAGAUGCGGCAGCGGAGUCUCUUCGUGAAUGAAAAAAAUUCUUCCUUUGUAUAGAGAACUUCCUUUUUUGUAAUUCAACCUUUUUAUUGGUGAAAAUUGUAAAUUAAAGUAUAUGACUU